AUGUCUUCAGCGAGCCUCCCAGUGAUCCUUCUCGUUCCAGGUGCCUUCGGCACACCUGAAGGCUUCGAUGGAUUGCUGCCGUAUCUGACCGAAGCCGGAUAUGCCACACACCCCGGAUCAUAUCCUAGUUGCAAUCCUUCUGAUCCAGCUCAAGUGUCCUCCUCUGAGGAUAUCGCUUUCUUGCGUAAUAAAGUUUUACUCCCUCUUUUGAACGACCAGGGUAAAGAUGUCGUCAUCAUCGCUCACUCAUACGGGGGUGUUGUUGCAGGUGGUGCAGCAAAAGAACUUGCGAAGCAGACCAGGACAGCUCAAGGUCAUAAAACUAGUGUCAUUGGCCUGAUCUACGUGGCGGGCAACAUUACACUUGAUGGGGAGUCUCUCUUCACUGCUGUGGGCGGCGCUUACCCCCCUUUUAUUAAAGUCAACACGCCAUCUGAGGGGCUUGCUGUUAUUGAACCAGCAAUGGAGAUUCUGUACAACGACUGCGACCGUGCCCUUGAACCGGAACUGGGUAAGCAGAUGCAGCCACACGCGCUCCGAGCUUUUGAAACACCCGCCACUGCCCCAGCCUGGGCGGAAAGUGCGUUUGAUGGUAGGAGGGCGUAUGUGCGCACGCUAGAUGACUGUUGCAACCCUUCAUCGUUGCAGGAUAUAUGGCUGGAGAAAUCCAAGGUCGAAUGGCAAGUGGUGGACUUCAAGACCGGACACAUGCCAUUUGUGAGCCAGCCUAAGGCUUUGGCGGAGCAAAUCACCAAGUUCAUUGACGGCUUCAUUGCGAAGUAA